UCUGUGGGCGUGGCGAGGCCCUGUCAGCCUCCCUGGAUCCCUCCACUGCGCAUGGCACGUUGCGUACCUCCCGCCCAGCAACCGGCCUGGCGGCAGCGCGGCCACCAAACUGAGGAGGCGGAGCCGAGACGAGUCGGUACUGCGCUCUGACUCCUAGACCAGGUUUAAGUUUUUGAAAUUGAAGUAGGUCUACACAGUAGGAACCCAUGUCUUUUCUUGUAAGUAAACCAGAGCGAAUUAGGCGGUGGGUCUCGGAAAAAUUCAUUGUUGAGGGCUUAAGAGAUUUGGAACUAUUUGGAGAGCAGCCUCCGGGCGACACUCGGAGAAAAGCCAAUGAGGCGAGCUCAGAGUCCAUAGCAUCCUUCUCUAAACCGGAGAUCAUGAGUAGCUUUCUGCCAGAGGGCGGGUGUUACGAGCUGCUCACCAUCAUAGGCAGAGGAUUUGAGGACUUAAUGACAGUGAAUUUAGCCAGGUACAAACCAACAGGAGAAUACGUGACGGUGCGCAGGAUCGACCUGGAAGCUUGUUCCAAUGAGAUGGUGACGUUCUUGCAGGGGGAGCUUCACGUCUCUAAACUCUUCAGCCAUCCCAAUAUAGUGCCAUAUCGAGCCACCUUCAUCUCAGACAACGAGCUGUGGGUCGUCACAUCAUUCAUGGCAUAUGGUUCUGCAAAGGAUCUCAUUGGCACACACUUCAUGGAUGGCAUGAAUGAGCUGGCGAUCGCAUACAUUCUGCAGGGGGUGCUGAAGGCCUUGGACUACAUCCACCACAUGGGCUAUGUGCACAGGAGUGUCAAGGCCAGCCACAUCCUGAUUUCCACAGAUGGGAAGGUCUACCUGUCUGGUCUACGAAGCAACCUCAGCAUGAUCAGCCAUGGGCAGCGGCAGCGUGCAGUCCACGAUUUUCCAAAAUAUAGCGUCAAGGUUCUGCCGUGGCUCAGCCCAGAAGUCCUCCAGCAGAAUCUUCAGGGUUAUGAUGCCAAGUCUGAUAUCUACAGUGUGGGGAUCACAGCGUGUGAACUAGCCAAUGGCCAUGUCCCCUUCAAGGAUAUGCCUGCCACUCAGAUGCUGCUAGAGAAACUGAACGGCACGGUGCCCUGCCUGUUGGACACCAGCACCAUCCCUGCCGAGGAGCUGACCAUGAGUCCCUCACGGUCCAUUGUCAACCCUUCCCUGAAUGACAGCCUCCGGCCUUCCAAUGGCGACUCGCCCUCCCACCCCUACCACCGGACCUUCUCCCCCCACUUCCACCACUUUGUGGAACAGUGCCUUCAGCGCAGCCCCGACGCAAGGCCAAACGCCAGCACCCUCCUGAGCCACUCCUUCUUCAAGCAGGUAUGGAAGCACUCCCGGGUUCCAAAUCUGCUGCUGCUCACCUGUGGUUCUAGCUACCCUGGCCCCUUAGCUUGGGGAUCAAGCGACGUGCCUCAGAGGCGUUGCCCGAGUUGCUUCGCCCUGUCACGCCCAUCACCAACUUUGAGGGCAGCCAGUCUCAGGACCACAGUGGGAUCUUCGGCCUGGUGACAACCCUGGAAGAGCUGGAGGUGGAUGACUGGGACUUCUGACCAGUUAGCCUGCGUCCUCCAGCUGGGGGGUGCGAGCCCCGAGGGUCAGCACCUACCUCGGUGCAGACUGGGGAGAAAGGACAUGAUGCUGGCAGAGCUGGCUGCCGGCUGCUUGAAAGGACAUUCUGCAAGAGACUUCACUGUUUUUGUGGCUUUUGAGACACAGGGAGUCCCAGUCACCAGGGACUUGGAGAGGCCGGAAAGCUGACAUCCUGUUCUGUGAGCCAGGGGACCUCCUUAGAAGGAAGAGACACUGCUUUGGCCCCAAGGCUGAAGUCCAAACCCAGAGCUUAACUCAGACCCAGGGACCCUUCACUUCCUCCCCCUGCACUUGCUCUCCUAGCAGCCGAUCUCACUCAGUUUCUCUGCUCCCACAUGCUGGGGAACAUGUCUGCAGCAGUCUGCCCAUGGCCUACCCUAGACACCUCCCCUGUUUCUGUCUCGAAGCACCAGGUCAGUUAUGGCCAGGCUGGGCCAUCCUCAUCCCCACCUAGCUCUUGGGCCCUGACACCUGAAACCUUAGUGCAUCUGUUACUCCUUUCCCAAGAAUCCACCCAAUGUCUCCUGCCAGCUGCUGCCUUGGUGCCUCCUCCAAGGGCCAUAAUGCUUUGCCUCAUCUGAGGGCUUGAGGAAGCCCUUAUGUGUGUUAGUUUCAUUGUCAGAACAAAUUAAACAUUUCAGAGUAUGUUGGGAAUGACA